AUGUGGACCAAUCAAUUCACGCUUCAGAAGCCACAAUCGCAACAAACGCCGGAGGAAAAACAUGAGCAGGCUUUAGUGACGGCGAAUGUGUUUAUUGAAAACAACCGCAGUCUAGUGCGAAAAGCAAUAGACAAGUACCAAAGCGUGGCGGGCAGCAAUUACUGGACGUACGGCUACAUGGGCGGGGCCAUGGUAACAACUAUGGCGGCUUGCCUUUCUGUUGGGGGUCGCGUGCCCUUUUUUCGCAACUACGCAAGUUGGAUAUCGCUGGCGGGCGGCUACUUUGGCGGCAAGGCCAUGCUAGGAGUUCACAAUUCGUACAAUUUGGCCUCUGUCGUGCGGGUCAUCAACACCUCGAUUGAUGAGACGCGGAAGAUGGAUGAGCAGUACGGGUUCAGCAUCUCUGAGUACGCCCGGGAGGUGGAUGCGUUGCAGCAGAUGAAGUACGAGCUGAUGCCGUACAGCACAGAGGCGAUUGAGGCGCGAAAGCAUGAUGUGAAGAGCAUGCCGCUGGAUGAGAGGGUAGAUGCACUCGUGGAUGCGUACGAGAAACGACGACACACGGCCGGCCAGAAGAAGUGA